AUGCUGUCGGGAUACUGCCAACAUUUUGCUAUGUGGGGUAAAGCAAUUGUGAAGCAACACACAGUAACAGACUACGAAGGGCAUACAAACACUGAACAAGAAAAUGAACAAGAACAAACGGAAGUGGUUUAUACGAGUGAAUCCGACCAGAAUGAGACGCAUAAUGAAGAUUUCGAAAAUAUUUUUCGUACACCAGAAGACGAUUUUGGCGCUAUUGGCUUAAGCGAUAGCGAACAAACCGAUCUACCUUUUCUCCCUGUUGCUGCUCUGACAGGUACAAAUUCAUCAAAGUCGCGGACCAGUGGUAUGUGCUGCACAUGCUUAAACGCCACUGCAGAAUAUAUAUUUAUUCCAUGUGGACAUUUAUGUAUUUGCGAUGAUUGCCAAAAACAAUUGGAAGAUGAGAAAUGUCCACUAUGUCGAGAGACAUACACAAAUUGUAUUCGCGCCAUAACGACUUAAUCGGAAAUGCAUAAGUCACCAUACGUGAGAUUUUUUCCGCAAGCUAUAAAACAGUAUAAGUAAAAAAUAUAUAGAUAUACGCAAGAUUCUUAUAUUGAAACAGAUUACUA